AGGGCGCGGUGCAUGCUGGGUCUCGGCAAUAUGGCGUCCUCCUUGACGUGCUGAUGAGAGGAGUUUCACUGUAGCUUCAAACCCGAGGACAAAACUCCGCACACCCCAUAAGCCCCCGAUACCCGUCUUGUGCGCGGCUGCGCCCGGCCGGGCUCCGGGAACUCGCGCUCGGGCCGGAGAGGGGCGCGGGCGCGGAGGUCAGGCCGGCCGGGUCGCGGGCCCGGCGUGAGCAGCGGCCGCGGGCGAGCACGAUGGGCCGGUCCUGGCUGCGGCCGCAGCAGCUGCGGCGAGUGCGGGACCCGCAGGGCUGAGCGCGGCUGGCGGAGCCCCAGCGCCCCGGGCCCCUUCCCUGCGGCCGGACCCUCCGCCCCGCGGGACCGGCGGCCGGAGGCCGGGAGCGGGGUCACCGUGAGGCCUCGGGUGGCGCCCGCCGUGACAGCUCGGCCCGCGGCCUGGGACCCGGGGGCCUGUGCGUCCGUGCGGCGCCCGCCGGGCUGCCCGUUCCCCCGGCGCUCCCGCCCCCACGUCCCGCCCCGAGUGAGGCAGCGGGGCCUCCGCAGACCCGGGCCCGCUGAGGGUCCCGGCACCCGGUCUCCGCCGCCUCGCCGGCCGCGGCGCACACGACGCCGUAAGGCUGGAGGUGCUCGAGCGCCUGCUGCCCCGGACCCCCCCGCCCCCGCCCGCCCCGAUGGAGGCCGAGCUGCUGCAGUCGCCUCUGCUGGGGCUCGGGGAGGAGGACGAGGCCGACCUGACGGACUGGAACCUGCCUUUGGCCUUCAUGAAGAAGCGGCACUGUGAGAAGAUCGAGGGCUCAAAGUCCUUGGCCCAGAGCUGGAGGAUGAAGGACCGGAUGAAGACGGUCAGCGUGGCCUUGGUGUUGUGCCUGAACGUCGGGGUGGACCCCCCGGACGUGGUGAAGACCACGCCCUGUGCGCGCCUGGAGUGCUGGAUCGAUCCUCUGUCCAUGGGUCCGCAGAAAGCCCUGGAGACUAUUGGUGCCAACCUGCAGAAGCAGUACGAGAACUGGCAGCCGCGGGCGCGGUACAAGCAGAGCCUGGACCCCACGGUGGACGAGGUGAAGAAGCUGUGCACGUCGCUGCGCCGCAACGCCAAGGAGGAGCGGGUCCUCUUCCACUACAACGGCCACGGCGUGCCUCGGCCCACCGUCAACGGGGAGAUCUGGGUCUUCAACAAGAACUACACGCAGUACAUCCCGCUGUCCAUCUACGACUUGCAGACGUGGAUGGGCAGCCCGUCCAUAUUCGUCUAUGACUGCUCCAACGCCGGCCUCAUCGUCAAGUCCUUCCGGCAGUUCGCCCUGCAGCGGGAACAGGAGCUGGAAGUCGCGGCCAUCAACCCCAACCACCCUCUGGCCCAGAUGCCCCUGCCCCCGUCCAUGAAGAACUGCAUCCAGCUGGCGGCCUGCGAGGCCAGCGAGCUCCUGCCCAUGAUCCCCGACCUCCCGGCCGACCUGUUCACCUCCUGCCUCACCACCCCCAUCAAGAUCGCCCUCCGCUGGUUCUGCAUGCAGAAGUGUGUCAGCCUGGUGCCCGGAGUCACGCUGGACCUGAUCGAGAAGAUUCCCGGCCGGCUGAACGACCGGAGGACGCCGCUGGGCGAGCUGAACUGGAUCUUCACAGCCAUCACCGACACCAUCGCGUGGAACGUGCUCCCUCGGGACCUCUUCCAGAAGCUCUUCCGGCAGGACCUGCUGGUGGCCAGUCUGUUCCGCAACUUCCUGCUGGCGGAGAGGAUCAUGCGCUCCUACAACUGCACCCCGGUCAGCAGCCCGCGCCUGCCCCCCACCUACAUGCACGCCAUGUGGCAAGCCUGGGACCUCGCCGUGGACAUCUGCCUCUCCCAGCUGCCCACCAUCAUCGAGGAGGGCACGGCGUUCCGGCACAGCCCGUUCUUCGCCGAGCAGCUGACCGCCUUCCAGGUGUGGCUGACGAUGGGCGUGGAGAACAGGAGCCCCCCCGAGCAGCUCCCCAUCGUGCUGCAGGUGCUGCUGAGCCAGGUGCACCGGCUGAGAGCCCUGGACCUGCUGGGGCGCUUCCUGGACCUGGGCCCCUGGGCGGUGAGCCUGGCCCUGUCCGUGGGCAUCUUCCCCUACGUGCUCAAGCUGCUGCAGAGCUCGGCGCGCGAGCUGCGGCCCCUCCUCGUCUUCAUCUGGGCCAAGAUUCUGGCCGUGGACAGUUCCUGCCAAGCCGACCUGGUGAAGGACAGUGGUCACAAGUACUUCCUCUCGGUCCUGGCCGACCCCUACAUGCCGGCCGAGCACAGGACCAUGACGGCCUUCAUCCUCGCCGUGAUCGUCAACAACUACAACACCGGCCAGGAAGCCUGCCUGCAGGGCAACCUGAUCGCCAUCUGCCUGGAGCAGCUCAACGACCCCCACCCCCUGCUGCGCCAGUGGGUGGCCAUCUGCCUGGGCCGCAUCUGGCAGAACUUCGACUCGGCCCGGUGGUGCGGGGUGCGGGACAGCGCCCAGGAGAAGCUCUGCAGCCUCCUCUCGGACCCCGUCCCGGAGGUGCGCUGUGCGGCCGUCUUUGCCCUCGGCACCUUUGUGGGCAACUCUGCCGAGAGGACGGACCACUCCACCACCAUCGACCACAACGUGGCCAUGAUGCUGGCCCAGCUCAUCAGCGACGGGAGCCCCGUGGUGCGGAAGGAGCUGGUGGUGGCGCUGACGCACCUGGUGGUCCAGUACGAGAGCAACUUCUGCUCCGUGGCCCUGCAGUUCAUGGAGGAGGAGAAGAACUACCCCCUGCCCUCGCCCGCCACCACAGAGAGCGGGAGCCUGACCCCCGUGCGCGACAGCCCCUGUGCCCCCCGGCUGCGCUCGGUGAGCUCCUACGGCAACAUCCGCGCCGUCACCUCCGCCCGCAGCCUGAACAAGUCCCUGCAGAACCUGAGCCUCACGGAGGAAGCGGGUGGCGCCGUGGCCUUCUCCCCCGGGAACCUGAGCGCCAGCAGCAGCGCCAGCAGCACGCUGGGCAGCCCUGAGAACGAGGAGUACAUCCUGUCCUUCGAGACCAUCGACAAGAUGCGCAGGGUCAGCUCCUACUCGGCGCUCAACUCCCUCAUAGGCGUCUCCUUCAACAGCGUGUACACGCAGAUCUGGCGCGUGCUGCUGCACCUGGCCGCUGACCCCUACCCCGACGUGUCGGACCUGGCCAUGAAGGUGCUCAACAGCAUCGCCUACAAGGCCACCGUGAACGCCCGGCCGCAGCACAUCCUCAGCACGGCCUCCCUCACCCAGUCGGCGCCCGCCAGCCCCACCAACAAGGGCGUGCACAUCCAGCACGCGGGGGGCUCCCCGCCAACGUCCAGCACCAGCAGCUCCAGCCCCACCAACGAUGUGGCCAAGCAGCCAGGCAGCCGUGAGCUGCCUGCGGGCCGGCUGGGCGCCGCCGGGCCCACGGGGGCACAGUACACGCCCCACUCCCACCAGUUCCCCCGCACACGGAAGAUGUUCGACAAGGGCCCCGACCAGCCCGCGGACGACCCGGACGACACCGGCCACAAGAGCUUCAUCUCGGCCGCGAUGCAGACGGGCUUCUGCGACUGGAGCGCCCGGUACUUCGCGCAGCCCGUCAUGAAGAUCCCGGAGGAGCACGACCUGGAGAGUCAGAUCCGCAAGGAGCGCGAGUGGCGGUUCCUGCGCAACAGCCGUGUGCGGAGGCAGGCGCAGCAGCUCCUCCAGCGGGGCAUCACACGGCUGGACGACCAGAUCUUCCUGAACAGGAACCCUGGCGUCCCCUCCGUGGUCAAGUUCCACCCCUUCACGCCCUGCGUGGCCGUCGCGGACAAGGACAGCAUCUGCUUCUGGGACUGGGAGAAAGGGGAGAAGCUGGACUACUUCCACAACGGGAACCCACGGUACACACGGGUCACCGCCAUGGAGUACCUCAACGGCCAGGACUGCUCGCUGCUGCUCACGGCCACAGAUGAUGGCGCCAUCAGAGUCUGGAAAAAUUUUGCUGAUUUGGAGAAGAAUCCAGAAAUGGUGACUGCGUGGCAGGGGCUCUCGGACAUGCUGCCCACAAACCGAGGUCUGGCCCGAAAGGUCUCCAUCUAUCUUGACCACAGUAAGCAGGGAGGUGCUGGCAUGGUGGUGGACUGGGAGCAGGAGACCGGCCUCCUCAUGAGCUCGGGGGACGUGCGGAUCGUGCGCAUCUGGGACACGGACCGGGAGAUGAAAGUGCAGGACAUCCCCACGGGCGCCGACAGCUGUGUGACCAGCCUGUCCUGCGACUCCCAGCGGUCCCUCAUCGUGGCCGGCCUCGGGGACGGCUCCGUCCGUGUCUUCGACCGGAGGAUGGCCCUCAGCGAGUGCCGCGUCAUGACCUUCCGGGAGCACACGGCCUGGGUGGUGAAGGCCUGCCUGCAGAAGCGCCCUGAGGGCCACAUCGUGAGCGUCAGCGUGAACGGGGACGUGCGCUUCUUCGACCCGCGGAUGCCGGAGUCCGUGAGCGUGCUGCAGAUCGUCAAGGGGCUCACGGCCCUGGACAUCCACCCCCAGGCCAACCUCAUCGCCUGCGGCUCCGUGAACCAGUUCACCGCCGUCUACAGCGGGACCGGCGAGCUCAUCAACAGCAUCAAGUACUACGACGGCUUCAUGGGCCAGCGCGUCGGCGCCAUCAGCUGCUUGGCCUUCCACCCGUACUGGCCUCACCUCGCCGUGGGCAGCAACGACUACUACAUGUCCGUGUACUCCGUGGAGAAGCGUGUGAGAUAGCGGUGCCCACGGGCCAGGCCACGUGUACAGAGGGCCGUCGCCCGGGACCAGUCCUGACCUGCUGCCGAGGCUCCAGCUGCGCUGCCUGCUGUCUGUCCUCGCUGUUGUGCCGUGGCCAUGAAGUCCCUCCCUCGGCUGCGGUGUGCGGCGUGGCGUCACGGUCCCUUCCCUGCGGAUACGGCCUGAGCCGAGGGCGCCUCCCUGCUGCUCCCGUCCGCCCCUCCCGUUUUCCUUCCGAGAGUUCGAAGCGGAAACUCGUUUUAUUUCCAGGGACGCAGCCUGCGCUCCACGAGCUCCAGGCUGACCGGCUUCUCCUGGCUCAGCCGCUGGUCCCUGGGCCGGCCCUGCCCGCCGCGGCCUCCGCUGUGCACAGGGCCGGCUCCGAGGGCUGGGGUCCGAGACCAGCACCGAGGAGACCGAGGAGCUGGGACCCAAGCCUCCCGCCAACCCCUCGGGCUCAAUCCACCCCCAGAACGCAGCCACCCCCCGGCACAGGCGUGGCCUUGGGUUCGAGCUUGGCCGGUUACCAAGGUCCCUUAGGGAAGGGCCUGUGGCCUUGGGCAGGAGGCAGGUCUUGGGUGACUCAGCCACUGCCUGCAGCCACGGGCAUAUUUCCCUGGAGGGCAGUGCCCAGGUCCACCAUCUUCCCGCCUGCUCGCACACUUGUCGCGCACGUGCACGCGGGAGGCACGGCUGGAGGCCUGAGGUGUCUGGUUAGACAACAUCUGUCUGCGUCCCUGUCCCCACACUGCAGCCAUAACACACAGGCGCUCCUCGCUGCUCACUAUCGCGUCUGUGUGCGAGUGCACAGGCCUGUGUGCACAUGUGUGUACAAGUGCACAGCCGUGUGCAGAUGUGCGCGUGCACAGGCUUGUGCAGAAAGCGUGUGAGCGCACGGCAGGGGAGUGUGGCUAUGGCUGCGGAGGGCCUGGAGGGGUGCUGAGGAGCACUGGGAACUCGGAACCACCUCGAUGAUGAUGUCGUCGGAAUCGCACUGGGAAUCAGGGUUCACAGAGGAGUGAGGUGCUUCACUCGUUCUGCCAGCGAAAGGCCAAUAAUCGUGUGAAUGUAUGUGAGCGCCCUCCCGCGCACGCCGAGGUCUCUGGCUGCAGGCCCAGGGCGGGGUCCUCAGCGGGUGGAGCCGGCCGCAGCGCAGCCUGGUGUGCUGGGCCGGGGCUGCCCCGGGGCUGGGGGCUGCUCGAGGCCCUGCUGCUCCCGCCAGUGAUGGCUCUGGGACAGAGUCCCAACCCCACGCUGUGUCCGUGGGGCGCUCCAGUGCUGACCCCCAACAUCCCCAGGGCCGAGCUCCCCCAGACGCUGAGGGGGUGUCUGGCUCGUGGAGCGAGUCCCCGCCAGGUUCCGCUCGUGUGCGGUUCUGAUUGUUUUGAGAAAAACCAUGAGCUGCCCCACGCGAGGCUGUCCUAGCAGAUCUGACGCGAAAACUCAAUCAUGAGGUCCACAGGCACCGGAGCCUGCCCUAAAGGUUCACUCUCUAUUUAUUUUAUCAAUAAAUCAAAGACGGACGAGACAGGAUUGCCAUCGGCCGGAGCUCGGUGACGGACAAUAAAGGUGAUGAAAUC